AUGCUUUUAGUCUCUCUCGUCGUGGUCUCUCUGCUCCCGGCUCGGGUUUCCUCCUCCUCCACAUCGUCUCCAUCAGUCUGUUUAUCUGUGUGCUCGGUUUGGAGACAGAUCCAGGGACACCUCAGCCUUCUCCUGCUGCUGCUGCUGCUGCUGCUGCUGCUGCUGCUGCUGCUGCUGCUGCUGCUGCUGCUGCUGUCGUUCCCGCGGGAGCCUCAACACCAGUUUGAAACGUUCGAUACUGGCGUUGAGUUUACAUGCGCCUGA